AUGCAAUCAGAUUCUUCAUCUUCUGUAAAGCGUUCUGCUUCAGAAGGUCCUUCUUCCGCUACACCAGUGGCAGUCCCUAUGACAGAUACUUCUCCUGCCCGCGAGCAAGAUAUUGACAUUGACGCUUACAUGGCAGAACAGGGCGAGGAUGUCCCUUUUCAACCCACACAGCCAUGUCCUGUCACCAUCGAGCACAAAGUGGCUCGCAUCAGACAGUUACGUGACCAACCUAUGGUCGCGGGCGAUACGUGGUAUAUCAUAUCUCGUCAAUGGUUCAGACGCUGGGAGAUCGCUUGCGGAAUCUUGUCAGACAAGGCAGUCGAGCCCUUGCAGGAGAAGGAUAUUGGUCCACCAGACAACACAUCCCUCUUUGACUCCCAAGGCAAUCUUACCUCAAAUUUAGUCGAGCACAUCGACGUCGAGUUUUUACCCCAAGAAGCUUGGUCCGAGUUCGUGACUUGGUAUGGUCAGCCGAUAAGUCCACUCCCUCGAUCCGUUAUCGCCAAAGCUUUCUUGCAGACUGCCUUGGAACUUCGUCCUCCACGUCUCAAAGUCUUGGUACUCAAAGACUUGGGUCCCGAUGCUGAUAUCGCAGGUCCCCCACAUUCCUACGCCACCGUCUCUAUUAAAGACUCAAUGAAGUCCCUUACCAAGGCACUCGUGUCCGCUGUCACCGCUCGUAGCAACGUUCCCUACAGAAUCUGGAAACUGGAACCCGGUGAUCUUUCAGGUUCUCAAUUUCCCGCAUCGAGGCUCGUAUCCUGCGGGGCGGAGCUAGUUGGUGAGGAAACCGACAAGACAGUGGAGGAUAAGAUGAUCGAACCUGAAGAUCCUUUCGUGGUCGAAUUCCAAGAGAAUGGCACUUGGAUCGUUGACGCAUCUCAAGUUGUACGACCGCCUCCACCUUCAGUACACGGACCGCCACCCCUGUUCUCUGAGAAUGAUUUCUUCAGCCGUAUGACCAACCAGCAAACAUCGCUUCCAAACACUCAAUCUUUUCGCACUCCAUCGCCCUCGCGGCGAAGCUCUUCAUCCAAGGCGAAGGAAACAACGGUCGCUCCUUUUAAGUCAUUCGGAUUUACAAAGGGUAGCAGUAAGACUAUCCAAGUACCUGGCACCCUCGGUCUGGGAAACAUGGGAAACACUUGCUUCAUGAACUCAGCGCUCCAAUGCCUCGCUCAUACAAAGGAGUUGACAGAUUAUUUCCUUUCUGGUGUCUAUCAAGAAGAACUCAAUCCCGACAACCCGCUCGGCAUGCACGGUGCCAUUGCAGAGGCGUUUGGAACCCUCCUGCACCGCAUCUGGGCAAGGGACUCGGCAGCCAGUUCGUACUCGCCGAGGGAAUUCAAGUCGCAACUUCAGAAGUUUGCCCCACAAUUCAGCGGAUAUCAGCAACACGACUCACAGGAGUUGGUUGCGUUCCUACUAGACGGGCUACACGAGGACCUUAAUCGUGUUCUCAAAAAGCCUUACAUCGAGAAACCAGAUUGGGAAGGAGGGCAAGAUUUCGAACUGGCGAAGUUAGCUCAAACGUCAUGGGAAGGAUACAUGAAGCGCAACGAUAGCGUUAUCGUCGACCUCUUUCAAGGCCAAUACCAGAGCACCCUAGUCUGCCCUGAGUGCCAGAAGGUUUCCUUCACGUUUGAUCCGUUCAUGUACCUCACCCUUCCCCUCCCUGUAAACAAAAAGUGGGAGCAUGUUAUCUAUUAUGUUCCGUGGGACCCAUCCGUGCCUCAUAGGAAGGUCCCCGUCCAAAUAGGUCGCGACAGUUCGUUCAAGGACCUCAAGAAUCUGCUUGGCCGAUGGAUGGGGUCUAAGCCCAAAUGGUUGCUAACCUUGGAGGUGUUCAAUCACCGUUUCUACAAGAAUCUCGACGACAGCGUCCUGUGCGGCGAAAUGGCCGACAGUGACAGGAUUUUCUGUUUCGAGUUGCCCUGUAAUUCGCGCCAGAGUCGCUCAUACAAGCCGAAGGACGAUGAUCCCUACAUCAUUCCUGUGAUUUUGACGGAUGUGCUCCCUCCUCGCCCCGCCUACGCCAAUUAUUCUCGUGGUACAAAUAACUUUGGCUGCCCAUUCAUUGCGGUGAUAUUUAAAGACGAUGCACGAUCAGUGGAGGGCAUGUAUGACGCUGUCAUCGAACGCCUACGACGAUGGACGGUCCAUGAAAAGGACUUGUACACCUGGCAGACCGGUCCUUCUGUCGAUGAUACUGUCACGAUCCCUAUCUCAACGGUCUCACCCGUCGACUCCUUCACGGAGAUCAAGGAGAAUGGUGACGUUAACGAAGUUGACGGAAUGGUCAUUGAAGGCGACAUCGCAGAUCAGAAAAUUCUGGUAGACGAAGAUGCUGGGAUGGAAUCUGAUACAGACGAUGGUCUUUAUCUCAUUGGACCAAAACAAGGCGUCUUCAAUUUGCACCUCUACACUGGCUACAAGGAUUACAGCGCAGGUGGCUAUGGUUCCAGUAACGGCCGACCCGAACAUUGGGAUAGCCGUAUUGAAGAACUUGAACCAGGAGCUCCGUUACUGAAGGAGGGCGACGCUUUUAUCUGCGAGUUCGACGAGAACAUAAAGGCCUACUAUUUCGGCACCUCGCAGGUCGAGAACUCGCGGUGGGAAGAGUGGUUCGCUUUCAUGCAUCCUGAGUUCGUGGCAGCCAAAGAGGCGGCUUUAGUAAAGAAGACGAAGGGGAUAACGCUUGAUGAUUGUUUGGCCGAGUUCACGAAGCAGGAGCAGUUGGGUGAAGAUGACUUGUGGUACUGCCCGCGUUGCAAGAAACACCAGCAGGCGACGAAGAAGUUCGACCUUUGGAAGGUCCCGGAUAUCCUUGCUGUACACCUCAAGCGUUUCAGUAACAGCCGUGCGCUUCGCGACAAGAUCGACACAUUCGUUGACUUCCCUAUCGAGGGUCUCGACCUCACUGCUCUUGUUGGUGAACGGCGAGUGGGGACUAGCCUCGCCCAGAGUGGAGUCAAUAUCCAGGAGCUUGGCAUCAGAGAGGUAGAGGAGCCUCUGAUCUAUGAUCUCUAUGCCGUCGAUGAGCAUCUUGGGGGUCUUGGUGGUGGGCACUAUCGCGCGUAUGCCCUUAACCAUGUGACGGAGCAGUGGUAUCACUUUGAUGACUCGUAUGUCUCGCGGACCGAUGCCAGUCAUGCAGUGAAUUCCAACGCCUAUCUGUUGUUCUAUAAGCGUAGAAGCAGCGCUCCGUUGGGUGGCAAGACGCACGAGAAGAUAGAGGAAGCUCGCCGUAAGGCUACGGCCGAAGUGGAGGUAGAAGCAGAAAGCGUUGCAGUGCAGGAGGUGCACCUUCCGACACCACCCAGUGAAACCGGCGCAGCUCCCUUUCCCUUUCCCCUCACGCAACAGCCUAGUAGUAGUGGCGGGUACAUGACACCACGAUCCAACCCGAGGUCAAGUCCUACAUCAUCGCCACCGCCUCUCGACGAUGGGGAUCCAUCAACGUCGGAGGCACAGAACGAUGAUUCAAUUGCCGACGACGGUCUUGGCCUUGGUCCUCUAGAACUUGCGAAUCAGCAGUUUGAUUUCCCAGACCCGUCAGCGAGGGCCUCUCCGACGUCCUCAGUCGAAGUGGAACCUGACUAUGACGAUGAACCCCCACGCAGUUCACUAUUCCGCGCGCACGCAAACAUCGACUCUUGGGUUGGCAGUAGUAGUCUGCCCUCACCAGUGGGUUCCGAUUCCGAAAUGAACCCAUUUUCCGACAUGAAUUCGCAGAAGAAGAGGGACGCUGAUAGCAUGGACUUGUGA